AUGUUGCUCGCCUCGCUCUGGCUGGCCCUCUGGGCGCUCCCUGCGCUGGUCGCAUCUCAGUCCGCAGAUAUAAUCACCAGCGUGGGCCCCAAAACAUCCAUCGCUGCGAAGAGAGCUAUUCGAACAUGCAACAUAACCUCAUACGGUGCUGUUGCGGACGGUAAGACCGACAUUUCAACAGCACUUAAGGCUGCCUUCAAUGCUUGCAAAUCCGGCGGCGUCGUCGUGAUACCGAAUGGGAAUUACGCUCUGGCCAAUUGGGUUACCCUAUCUGGCGGUAAUGCAUGGGCUCUACAACUUGACGGCAUCAUCUAUCGUAACGGAACCGCAGGCGGCAAUAUGAUCUUCAUCGAACACGGCGGGCUUGAUGGCAUUGAUGUUUGGUCGACCAAUAUCUGGAUCCACGAUAUCAUGGUGACGAACAAGGAUGAGUAUGUGACCGUGAAGUCGCCAGCCAGAAACAUUCUUGUCGAACAGAUCUACUGCAACUGGUCCGGUGGCUGCGCCAUGGGUUCCUUAGGCAGUGACACUAAUAUCAGUGCCGUCACUUACAAGGACGUGUACACCUGGAGCUCAAACCAGAUGUAUAUGAUCAAGUCUAACGGUGGUAACGGCACCGUGUCUGACGUCGUUCUCGAGAACUUCAUCGGCCACGGCAACGCCUACAGCUUGAACAUCGACCAAUACUGGAGCUCCGAGUCCACCGUAGCCGGUAACGGAGUGCAGCUGAGCAGCAUCAAGAUCAACAACUGGACCGGCACCGAAGCCAAUGGUGCGCAGCGUGGCCCAGUCCGUGUGAUUUGCGCUGACGGAGCUCCCUGCACCGGUGUUGAUAUCAAAGAUUUCGCGAUGUGGACGGAAACGGGAAAUGGUCAAUGGUACGCCUGUCGAUCUGCAUACACAGAUUCGCCAUCAUUCUGCUUGAAGGACAGCAGCGACCACGUCUCCUAUAGUGCGACGACAAGCACUGCGACGGUCGCGCCAACAGGGUACCAAGCGCCAAAGAUGUCCGCCGAUUUGGCCACGCUUACGUGGGGCACGACAGCAAUCAUCCCCAUUCCUGCGAUACCAACGAGCUUCUUUCUCGGUACCUCGCCACUGAAGCCGUUGGCAGACUAG